AUGGCCCAUUUGCAACAAGAACCGAACGCCAACCCUAGGCCAUCUGCUCAGAGACCAGCGGUGCGUCCCAUGCAUGAAACCACCCUCACACUGAAAGAUUCAGCAGACACGAAUUAUACCACCGUCAUGGCUGAGAGCUACAGUGGGCGAGACACCAGAGGACAACCACUGAUAUUUUCCUUCAGAGAUCCACAGUUUCCCUCCCAGCAUGACAGGAAGUUGGACCUCAGCAAUACAAUAGCUACUUACACAGCAACGCAUAGCAGGGACGUCCACUCUCCUAAGGACAUAAUUCCGCACAACGUUCUGUACAACAGCAGGAUGAGGAAUUGGACCCGCAGUCAUGAAGGCUUGGCUAUGAAAGAGGUCACCAACCCCACUGGGUCAACCCUGUUCAGGAGCAGUUACCAUGACAACCAUCAGAACCCCAGCUCGAGCAUCGGCCAUGGAGUCACCUCAAUGGGUCGUCCCACUGCCUGGCACAGUCAUGACAUUCUCACAGGAGAGGACAAGAGACCUGCAGGCCCAGGAAAACCUAAGACCACCAGAGACGAUUCCCUGCGGGCACAGCGGCGCUGGGAGACAGACAGCAGUGCCCUUAGACUGUACUGAUCAUUCAGGGCCGCUGAAGGGUGAACGACAAAAGCCAACUGGAGUGCCAACAAAGGCCUGACGUGUGGGCAAUCAGCAGCGUAUGGGAUUCUAACAUUCAGUCAUUGGUAUAUACCAAAGUAGAGACAUCAGACUCUCAAUAUAGAUACAGCACAUUAAAAAAACAAAUAAAUAAAUCAAUCAAGUGUUAAUACACCAAACCCUAAA